UCCAGUACUGGUCCAUCCCCAUCCCGGUCCCGGUCCCGGUCCCUUGCCCUAUCAAAUUUCUCAUCUUCCUGACAAUCUCUGAACGAAUCACGAUCUCAGUUUCAGAGAUGACGAUAAUUUCACCCACAACAACAUCCACAAUCUUUCUCUCUUCCUUUCUAUGAUCGUUAUCUCCUUUUUAUCUUCAGAUUCGCUUUUCCUCAGCCUCAUAAUCAAGCUCUGCUUGAUGGGUUGUAAUUGCUGUCUUGUUUGUUUCAGCUCUAAAGCCACGCGCUCACAGCUCAAAAAACAAGGAGCGAUGAGGAUGUAAAAGAUAACGAAUAAAACAGUUGGCGUCGCAGAGAGUAGAAUUUCUUUUUUUCCUCUGGUAGCAUCAACAUGAAUUCGGAAACUUGGGUCACUUCUCUCUCAUGUUCAUCCCCUGUGAAACAAGCCCAAGGUGCUACUUUUCUCUCGACCCUGUCUCAGUGGCUAGAAUUUGUCUUCCUCUCUCCAUGUCCUCAGAGAGCUCUCUUGUCCGCCAUUGAUGUUGUCCUCAUCCUCGUCCUCUUCGUGCUUGCCGUGAAAAAGCUCUGUUCUAGGUUCACCUCUAAUGGCGGCGGCGAGCCAGCUUCUGAACUUGACAAGCCCCUUAUCAGACAUAACAGAGAUUCCAUCAGAACGACAACGUGGUUUAAGCUAACUCUUAUUGUGACGGUUGUUUUGACCGUACUAUACGCUGUUGCGAGUGUUCUGGUAUUUAUCAGAGACAACCGAGUUCCAUGGAAGCUAGUUGAUGGAUUAUUUUGGUUCGUUCAAGCUGUGACUCAUGCGGUUCUGGCAAUCUUAAUUAUUCAUGAAAAGAGGUUUCAAGCUGUUUCUCAUCCAAUUACACUUCGAAUCUUCUGGUUUGCAAACUUCAUUCUCACUUCUCUGUUGGUUGUUUCUGGGGUUAUACGUUUGGUUUCUGUGGAAGCAAUUGAAGGACGCUUCGACUUUAGGAAUGAUGAUACUGUCUGUUUCAUUUCCUUUCCUCCGUCACUUUUUCUCUUUCUUGUUGCCAUUAAAGGAUCUACUGGCAUCAGCUUCACGCAGGAAACCCAAUCGCUAAUUGAUGGGGAAACUGAUAUCACAAACGUGACUGGUUUUGCGUCAGCGUCUUUAGCAUCAAAGGCCUUUUGGCUAUGGAUAAAUCCAUUGUUGAGUAAAGGGUACAAGUCGCCUUUGAAGAUUGAUGAGGUCCCAACACUUUCCCCGGAUCAUAGAGCUGAAAGAAUGUCAGUAUUGUUUGAACAGAAAUGGCCUAAGCCACAAGAAAGGUCGAAGCAUCCUGUUCUAAUCACAUUGCUUCGAUGCUUCUGGAUGGAAGCAGCAUUCACUGCUUUCCUUGCGGUCGUUCGACUCAGCGUUAUGUUCAUAGGUCCAGUUCUUAUCCAAAGCUUCGUUGAUUUCACAGCUGGUAAGAGAAGCUCUGUAUAUGAAGGCUACUACCUCGUGUUGAUCCUCCUCGUUGCGAAAUUUAUAGAAGUUUUAGCUACUCAUCAUUUCAACUUCAACUCUCAGAAGCUAGGAAUGCUAAUCAGAUGCUCUCUCAUUACCUCAUUGUACAAGAAAGGGCUAAGGUUGUCUUGUUCCGCACGACAAGAUCAUGGUGUUGGAACUAUAGUGAAUUAUAUGGCUGUGGAUGCACAACAACUUUCUGAUAUGAUGUUGCAGCUUCAUGCUAUCUGGAUGAUGCCAUUUCAAGUUGGAAUUGCCUUAUUUCUGCUUUACAAAUACUUAGGUGCUGCAGUGGUCACAGCUUUAUUUGGGAUUGUGGGGGUUCUUGUGUUUAUCAUAUUUGGUACUCGAAGAAACAACCGUUUCCAGUUCAAUGUGAUGAGAAACCGCGAUUCGAGAAUGAAAGCUGUGAAUGAGAUGCUAAAUUACAUGCGAGUAAUCAAGUUUCAAGCAUGGGAAGAGCAUUUCAACAAGAGGAUUAUGGGUUUUCGUGAGUCAGAAUUUAGCUGGCUUUCUAAGUUCUUGUAUUCAAUUUCUGGGAAUAUUAUUGUGAUGUGGAGCACACCACUGUUGAUAUCAACUCUAACGUUUUGGACAGCAAUUUUGCUUGGUGUUCCACUUGAUGCAGGGACAGUUUUCACCACAACAACAAUCUUUAAAAUAUUGCAAGAACCCAUUAGGACGUUUCCACAAUCAAUGAUCUCUCUUUCACAAGCGACGAUAUCACUUGGGAGGUUGGAUAGGUACAUGAUGAGUAAGGAAUUAUCAGAUUAUUCUGUAGAGAGAGAGGAAGGGUGCGAUGGACAAACUGCUGUAGAGGUGAAAGAUGGCAUUUUUAACUGGGAGGAUGAUAGUAAGGGGGAUUAUGACUUGAAAAAUAUUGAUUUAAAUAUAAAAAAGGGUGAUCUUACAGCUAUUGUUGGGACUGUUGGCUCUGGAAAAUCUUCUCUCUUAGCAUCAAUUCUUGGUGAGAUGCACAAAGUUUCUGGGAAGAUCCGGGUUUGUGGCAGUACAGCAUAUGUAGCUCAAACAUCAUGGAUUCAAAAUGGGACAAUUCAGGAUAACAUCCUGUAUGGAUUACCAUUAGAUAGACAGAAGUACAAUGAAGUUGUGAGAAUCUGCUGCUUGGACAAGGAUUUGGAAAUGAUGGAGGAUGGGGAUCAGACAGAGAUUGGAGAGCGUGGUAUCAAUCUCAGUGGAGGACAGAAGCAGCGAAUCCAACUUGCUAGGGCUGUAUAUCAAGACUGUGAUAUCUAUCUUCUGGAUGAUGUUUUCAGUGCAGUUGAUGCUCAUACUGGCUCUGCAAUAUUCAAGGAAUGUGUUAGGGGAGCUCUGAAAGGAAAGACUAUUAUUCUUGUUACACACCAAGUAGACUUCUUGCAUAAUGUUGAUCUUAUACUGGUGAUGAGAGAUGGAAUGAUAGUUCAAUCAGGGAAGUAUAAUGAUCUCUUAAAUUCUGGAAUGGAUUUUGGAGAUUUGGUAGCAGCACAUGAAACUUCCAUGGAACUUGUAGAACAAGGCAAAGACAUGCCUGGUGAAAAUUCCCCUAGACCAUCCAAAUCUCCGAGAUCACUAAAGCCAACUUCUAGUUUUAGAGAAAGCAAUGGUGAUAGCGAUUCACUUGACCAACCCAAGGCUGGCAAGGAAAAUUCUAAACUCAUCAAAGAUGAAGAGAGGGAAACUGGCAAAGUGAGCUUGCAUAUCUAUAAGUUGUAUUGUACUGAGGCUUAUGGGUGGUGGGGCAUUAUAGGAGUAAUUCUCAUUUCUUUGUUAUGGCAAGCAUCCUUGAUGGCUGGUGAUUAUUGGCUGGCAUAUGAAACCUCAGAAGAGCAAGCUCGAAUCUUUAACCCGUCUCUGUUUAUUUCCAUCUACGCCAUUAUUGCUGCAGUUUCAGUUGUUUUGGUGGUCAUAAGAUCCUUUUCUGUUACCAUUUUGGGGCUUAAGACAGCACAAAUUUUCUUCUCUCAGAUUCUUAAUUGCAUCCUGCAUGCACCCAUGUCUUUCUUUGACACUACGCCUUCUGGAAGAAUUUUAAGUAGGGCAUCCACUGAUCAGACUAAUGUUGAUCUCUUUCUUCCAUUUUUUAUGGGUGUUGUGAUUUCCAUGUACAUCACAGUACUUAGCAUCUUCAUUGUCACGUGUCAAAAUUCAUGGCCAACAGUUUUCUUGCUGAUUCCUCUUAUCUGGUUGAAUAUAUGGUAUCGGGGUUAUUUCCUUUCAUCAUCUCGUGAGUUGACUCGCUUGGACUCAAUAACAAAAGCACCUGUUAUUCAUCACUUCUCAGAGAGCAUUUCAGGGGUCAUGACAAUCCGUGCCUUCAAAAAGCAGAGAAAUUUUUGUGAAGAAAAUGUUAAACGAGUGAAUGAAAAUCUGCGCAUGGAUUUCCACAACAAUGGUUCCAAUGAGUGGUUGGGUUUUCGCUUAGAAUUACUUGGAAGCUUGGUCUUUUGUAUUUCUACAAUGUUCCUGAUUAUAUUACCGAGCAACAUCAUAAAGCCAGAAAAUGUCGGUUUAUCGCUCUCUUAUGGAUUGUCCCUGAAUGCUGUGUUAUUCUGGGCCAUAUACAUGAGUUGCUUCAUUGAGAACAGAAUGGUAUCUGUUGAGAGGAUUAAGCAGUUCACAAAAAUUCCAUCAGAGGCAGCAUGGCAUAUUCAAGAUCGCCUUCCUCCUCCGAACUGGCCUGCCCACGGCAAUGUUAAUAUCAAAGAGUUGCAGGUUAGGUAUCGUCCCAACACUCCUUUGGUUCUGAAAGGCAUCACUUUAAGCAUUAGUGGGGGAGACAAGAUUGGCGUUGUUGGUAGAACAGGAAGUGGAAAAUCAACUUUAAUCCAAGUUUUCUUCAGGCUGGUUGAACCUUCAGGAGGUAGAAUAAUCAUUGAUGACAUCGACAUAACUGCCUUAGGCCUUCACGAUCUCAGGUCUCGUUUUGGCAUCAUUCCCCAGGAACCUGUUCUUUUUGAGGGCACUGUCAGAAGCAAUAUUGACCCAACUGGACAAUAUUCAGAUGAAGACAUAUGGAAGAGCUUGGAACGCUGUCAACUAAAAGAUGCUGUAGCUUCCAAGCCUGAGAAACUGGACUCUUUAGUGGUUGAUAAUGGAGAGAAUUGGAGUGUGGGACAGAGGCAAUUAUUGUGUUUGGGGAGGGUUAUGCUGAAGAGAAGUCGUCUCUUGUUCUUGGAUGAAGCAACAGCUUCUGUGGAUUCACAAACUGAUGCUGUGAUUCAAAAGAUAAUCAGAGAGGACUUUGCAGCAUGUACCAUCAUUAGCAUUGCUCACAGAAUACCAACAGUCAUGGACUGUGAUAGAGUUCUGGUCAUCGAUGCAGGGCUAGCAAAAGAAUUUGAUAAACCCUCCAAGUUGCUUCAGAGGCCAUCAUUAUUUGGAGCAUUAGUUCAAGAAUAUGCCAAUCGCUCCUCAGAACUCUAGGUUACUCUCAGCUUGGUUUGGAUGGAAGAAGUGGGAAAAAAAUGAGGGAAAUUUUUAAAAAUAAUAAUUUUUUUAUUAUUUUUAGGUGUUUUCCUUUCUCUAUAUUUCUCUCUCUAUCCAAACGAAAGGUCAAGCUUUUCAUGAAGAGGCUUCUUGAUUGAUCCCCAAAUGUUAGAACGGAUACGAAAUAGCAUUUUAUUUCUUGGUGUUCAAAUUAUAGCUUCAAGAUCCCCAAGUGUUACAACAGAGCUAGAUACGUUUAAUGAAUAAAAUUUACUUUUUGCUUCUACA